AUGAGAGUCCUAUUACAUGAAUUAUCUCUUAACGUAUGGGGAAAAUAUGAUGAUAAUUCUCAUCGUCAUAAUAGACAACUGAAUGGGGAAGUUGGAGGAAACAAAAUAUCCAAAGAAAUUUAUAAUUCUUCGGAAGAAACUAAAAUUAAUGAUCAAUCAUUUGAAAGUGGAACUUUUAUACUAGGUGGAGAUCCAACACGAAAAAGAAAUAUGUCAAUGCGUGAAUUAUUAGCAGAAGCAUCAUUAAUUCGUCUUUUUAAAGAAGAAAUUGAAUUAAAUUAG